GCUGUGGGUGUGUAACUAACACUGUCUCCAUUCCCCAGAAUCAACUACUCGCAUUAAAACUGGCCAUGCCAGUCAAAUACUGUAGCUAGUCUCUAUCAUCAUCGCUAUCCACAUCGCCUUCUUUGAACCAAGGACUACUAAAUUUAUUCGAUUUGCUGGUCGUUUAUCGUCUGGUUUGACCUGCUUAACCACUAACGUCCUGAACGGGAUUUGCGGUCCGUCAAUGAGGAACUACAGGCUCAUCUUCUGCCAUAACCUGAAGCAACCAUAGAUGAACAUUUUGUUUACUACUAGUGAGUGGAGCAGGAGAUAAAGUGAACUUCUGGGCAUUUGUACAACAAGGGAGGUGACGAGCCAGCCGGCUGGCCAGUCGACGUGACCUUGUUCUCGGCAUCUCUGUGUGCAGACGGACUGAAGCAGCCAGGCUGUGGAGGCGAUGAGGAAGAGCCUCUCUACUUCCCUCAGCGACUCCCUCAACACGACCAGAGUGUUCGGGAUCCCCCUGGAGGAGGUGCAGCACAGCGGGCAGCCAGGACAUGAGGUCCCUCUGCUGGUCAGGAGCAUUGUGGAGUACAUUGAAGAGCACGGAGGGCUGCACCUGGGUCUAUUUCUAGUGAACGGGAACGCAGAACGCGUGGAAUGGCUCAGGCAGCGCUACGACAGCGGUGUUGAAGUGAACCUGGAGAAGGAGGCCGACCUGGCGUCCGCCGUCAGCCUGCUACGCCUCUUCCUGCAGGAGCUCCCAGAGCCCGUCAUCCCUGCAGGCUUACAGGCUCAAAUAAUGCAGCUCUAUCAAGACUACAGCAGUGAGGAGGAGCUGGGCAGAAACAUGAAGUACUUCCUUCAGCAGCUGCCACAGGUCAAUUACAGCUUGCUCCGCUUUCUGUGCCGGUUUCUGUCCGGUGUGGCGUCUCUUCAGGAGGAGAGCUGGAGCAUUGGAGCUCUCGCCGCCGUCUUCGGGCCAGACAUUUUCCAUUUAGACACAGAUGUGGAGGAUCUGAAAGAGCAGGAGUCAGUCAGCCGUAUUCUGGCAGAACUGCUGGAGAACCAGGAGGAGUUCUUUGACUCGGAGGACGACGACAUCUCUAACACCAAUGACUACAGCUCCAUUAAUGACCAGAUCACCGAGCUCCUUGAGGAAGAGAAGUUGGAGGCUUGCGAGGAGCUCCCGCAGGACGGGGAGGACGGUCCCUCCUCCCUGUCCCCCAAACAUGCCCAUGUCACCCCCUCCUCCAGUUCGCACAUUUCUUCCAUCAGUAUUCUUCCAGGAUCUGCCGCUAUAAUCCAGAGGACCAUCCGUGCUGCAGUAGAACAGCACUUGUUGGACUUGCAGACGUCUAUUGACAAGGAGCUCGGCAGCUAUGAGAGUCAGAUGUUGGACUCCCAACCCUUUCAGGGAAACAGCCCUACUCAGAAGAUAUCAGGGCCUGAGGACCAUGAAGAUGUGCAGUCUGAAUCUGAGGCAGAGACUGAGACUCUCCCGGAGGUUACAGAGGAGGGCCUGCCGUCAGAGAAUAGCGAGGAAUCUCAAGGUUCUCAGCUCAGCAGCCCCGUCACCGAAGAAAGUUCUGGGAUGGACCUUGACACAGAGACUCUCAUAGAUGCUGAGAAUCCUAACACAGAAAGACAGGAGAACUACACAGACUAUGAGCAGAUGGACCAGGCAGAUGUUAACACCUGCGAGUCUGGAGACUGUGACCUGAAUGCUAAUACUGAGUCUACAGAUUCAUCCAGCAGCCCUCAGUCUCUGACCAGAAGCAUUUUCUCAGACAGUGAACAAGAAGCAUCAUGCCCCAUCAAUUUCCCACCCAUUGACUUCACAUGUAUGCACCUGCAGAGAGAAGGGAGCGAUCCUGUCCCGGUGUUCAUGUCAUGGCAAGAGGAGACCGAGUCAGGAGAAGCCCAGCUGUCCCCGCUGGCGGGCCGCAUGAUGCCCCUGCCUCUAGAAGAGGAUACUCAGCCUCUACUAGCCCGACGCUUCCUAGACUUUGGCCACAGUCAGCGGUUCUUGCAGCAGGACCACGAUGCUACAUCCUCCACCAAAGCUUUGUCUUGUGGGAGGCCUCGCCGUGCUUCCCUUACUUCCAAAGACAGUUUAAAGGGAGACACCGUCUCCCAGCAGCUCACCAAGAAACUCCAGAACCUCAAGAAGAAGAUCAAGCAGUUUGAGGAACAGUUUGAGAAGGAGAGAAACUACAAGCCGUCUCACGCUGAAAAGGCAGCUGAUCCAAAGGCGUUGAAGUGGAUGACUGAUCUUACCAAAAUCCGCAAGCAGCUCAAAGGACGACAGCACCUCUUACCCAAAGGUUCCCUGAGGCACCAGGCCGUGCUUCAGUCAUACAGACGCCACUCGUCCUCUUCCUCCGUCCCGAACACACCCCAUUUAACACUGUCACGCCCCCUCAAUGCCUCUAGACAGGCGUCCCACUUCUAUGCCAAACACAAGGCUGAGAGCGAGCUGACUCCACAGACGCGGCCACGCAGUAACACUCUGCCCAAGAGCUUUGGGUCCACGCUUGAUCAGUCGGCUCACGAGGACCCUGUGGAGAGUGAGGCACGGGGUCACCGGCCCACGCGAGAAGAGACGCUGGAGCUCAUUCAACACUGCAUCCAAACCAAAAGAGCGGAGGAAGGCUGGCCGGAGGACGUCAGAAAAAUGACCAAGGAGCACCUUGCCAGUGAGAAAACGGUACUGCAGAAGAACCUUCUGUACUAUGAGGGACUUCAUGGACGUCCAGUGACCCGAGAGGAGCGCUUGAUUGUGAAACCCUUGUACGACAGAUAUCGGCUGGUCAAGCAGAUGCUCACCCGUGUCAGCAUCACCCCUAUCAUAGCUUCUCCCUCCAGCAAACGGCGCAAUCAGAUGUUACAGCCCAUCAUCGAGGGUGAAACGGCCCACUUCUGCGGUGAGAUCGAAGAAGAGGAGGAGGAAGAGGGCAGGGGCCAGCAAGAAAAUGUAGAGAUGCAGAGCGAGAGCUCAGAAAUCAUCAUGGACCCGGUAGCCCAGCCCAGCUCCCAGCAGCCCACUCAGGAGAACGUCCUCAGCUCUGGGAAGCUCAAUCUCGAUCUGCGUCUGUCCAGCUCUAACGCCUCCUCAAUGCCCGAGCUCCUGGAACAGCUGUGGAAGGCCAGAGCGGAGAAAAAGAAACUGAGGAGGACCAUCAGAGAGUUUGAAGAUGAAUUCUACCAACAGAAUGGCAGGAAUGUUCAGAAGGAAGACCGCAUGCCUAUGAUGGACGAAUACAAAGAGUACAAGCGCAUUAAAGCCAAACUGCGGCUUCUGGAGGUCCUCAUCAGCAAGCAGGAUUCAUCCAAAUCCAUCUAAAGCGCCCGGCUCGGAUCAGACACGGCCUGCACCGUGACGGCGGUCCAUCAGCUUCCGCCGCCGUCCCUCCUCACUCAACCGCUGGAGAAGAAAGAAACACUUCUUCUCCGUCACCCAAAAAAAAAAUUUCCCUUGAGUUUGAUAUUCAGACUUUAGUCUUUUUCCACAAGCUUUCUCAUACUGAGAAUCGUGCUGCGUCGAGUAUCGCAUCAUAUAUGUGGACAUCAAGCACUGAACUCUUCCUCAGACCACAUAGAUGGUCAUCAUAUUUCAACACCCACAUCAUACUCCUCCUCUCCCUAAUUCAUAGGGUUUUCAUGCUCUUAGAGGGUGUGAUUUGGGUUCUGUGUAUGUAUACUUGUACAGAUCUAUAUUAUUCUGUAUGUAGGCUUAAAUAUUUCAGUGUUUUUGAGAAAGACGUAUCGGCACGGUGGUUUUUUUCCACCCUUGAGCGUUCGGUUAAAAUCAGAGGACUCUUGUAUCAAGCUGGUGCUCUUUUGUUUUGUUUUGUUUUGUAAUGACACUCGGAUCUGAUCGGACUGACGAAAGCUACUCCAGCUGGACUGUCACAAACUCUUCCUGAUUCAUAUAGCUGUAUGUCUUUGUUCACAUCACUAAUAUACAUCUGAUGUAAUGAAAGUGAAUAUAUAUGCCAAACUGACAUGUUAGAUCACAGUGCUACAUAGUAGACCAUGCUAUAGUUGGUAGGAGUAGAUGGAGUUUGUUAUUUUGUACUUUAAUGUGUCCUUAUUGGUUUUUCUCACCUCUAGACUCUUGGUUUGCCAGUGUGUACACAUUUAACAUACAACUUCAGUUUGAAAGCAUCCGGCCUUGACCAAUAAUGCUGUUCGUGUGAAAAACAUGAUAAAUAGACGACCCCGUAUGUGUGACGUACAGGCUGUCGCAAUCAUGUGACUUCAGGGCACGGGAUGAGGUUUCCUCCGCCAUAUCAUCCGAUCCGUCACGGUCGCUUUUCAGCUGCCGGCUCAUAUCGUAACAGUAUCGGCUGUAACGUGCUGCUGACGUCAAGCUCAACUGAUAAUAAAAAGUCUUAUCGAAGAGAUAACGAAGGUUGGAUAGUUCAGCGGGUCGCCGGAGGUCAGAUGAGCGUUUUGUGACACGGUCAAGUGUUUGAUAGUGAUGAAUGCACCUGUUUGUGACAGAUGAAGGAGGUGAUGGAGAUUAUUUGCACAGCAUUCUGGGAAUGCAGUCUUGUUAUGUUUGUUCCAGUCGUUUCUCGUUUAUUCAAGCACUACUUGCACGUGAAGGCCGCGAGUGCAGGUUGAUAUCGGACGUGUUCUGGCUCAUCUUAUCACUGUGUGGUGUUGUCCUUUUUUAUGACCAUUAUUUUGUACUCUGGUUUUUUAUUGUCUCACUUUCUGCGGUUCAUCGUAAUGGCGUGGUUGUUCCUCUGUAUUAGUGAAGCACCUGCUUUGUCCUGUUUUGUAGAUGCUCGUCGAUAGUCGGUUUGCAUGGCGGAAAUUUCUAUUUCUAUUUUUGUGCCAUGAAAAUGAAGCAAUAAAUUAGCAUCGGGGCCUGUAUCAGUGGAAUGAGAGCCCAACUGUAUCCAGUCUGUGCAUUUUCAAUAAACGGCUUGUGAGUAUUAUUA